AACGCGUCCGUAAAUUUAUCUCAUCAAUUAGAAGCGAUGAUCGACACGAACGUGAUGUAUAGUUGUUAACGUCGCCGAAGGUUCACGACGUUUGACGCAUUAUUCUUUCAUUGUGAGUGAAAUACCAAAAGGGCCCAAUAAUUUAGAAAUUCUCGGACAAAGCAAAAUACGAGGAAAUUCGUUAAAAUAAAAUAUGCAUCGAUUUUUUAAUAUAUUUCUUUAUUAAUAUUUCCAGCUAAAAUUCGGUUUCAUUAAAAUACCAAAUGGUAUCUUUGCGCGGAAGGGGCCCGAAUUGUGAAGUUUCUUCGUUGCUAAGAGCCCCUGAUCUCUGUCUGCAACGACGAAUGUGAAUUUUCUCGUGCGAGUACAAACAAGCGAUGUCCACAUUGACAUUAUUAGCAAAUAGCGAUCGACAUGUUAAGACAUUGCCGAGGUAUGUCCUCACGCGUCAUAAACUAUAUUUAUGGAUGUGUUAUAACGCACAUAAUAAGAUCAAGACAAAUUGAUCGCUCGAUUAUUGUCGCAUUUUUUAAUUUUCAUGAUAUUAUGCGUCCAUUUCCUGCGCUAUGUUAUAAAUUAAUAUGAAACAUUAUUUCCGCUUACAAGUAGCUUGAAGUAGAUGUACGCUUAUCUCUUGUUAUAAUAAUUUUAAUUAAUUCAAUUUAGCAAAUUGUUUUAUUCGAUCCUUAGCUAGGAGAUCAAAUGUUGAUAUUUAAUUGUUUUUCUAAAUUAACUCUCAAUCUCAUAAGUAACUCUUAUAUGAUCUCAUAACUUUCCGCCUUCGUUCUUCAAUACUUUUUAUACUAUUUCGAGCUUAUGCGAUGCGCUUAUGCAAAUUCACAUACGACGCGCUUAAACCGGCACGAGUCAUGAGACCAAAUGAGAGAUGUGAACUUGAGAAGGAGACACGCGCGUGUGGCGUUGUUUCACGCCGUAAAUUAUCCUCGCGAAUGCAAAAAUCGAUCGCUAUUACGAUCCAUGAUCGGCAGGCAGGUCGGUGGAAUAUAUGGUAUUCACUGGUAGAGACCGAACGCAUUGCGCAAACAGACAUUGUCGAAGGAAGGGUUUCGGUAACUCGACGUCGAAGAGUUCGUCGGGUAUUUAACAGCGAGUUGCAGCUACGAUGACAACGUAGUGCCUAGAUCGGCGGAAAGACUUCAGACGGAUCGAAGAUAUCGGACUGCGGUGUGAUAACAUUGCCCUCGUGAGAAUUCGUGGUAAUCGACACGACGAUUGGUACGAGAAACUGUAAAAGAGAGCCGCUCUUCGCGGGAGAACCUUAGUGCGCUUGUGAUACUUGUGAUGCAAGCGGUGUUUAGCUUCACCACCGAAAACCAUGUCAAGAAUACAUAUCCAUGACUUCGCCGCUUCGACAUUAUGAUUACCUGAUCUGAUGAAUCGUUAUCCCCUUGUGAGUAUCUGAUUCACGCCAGAUUUCAACAUUUCGCCGGCAGCAUUCGAGAAUGUCCAAGAAGCAAUGGUUGGUCCUGUUGAUGUUGUUCCUUACAUACCUGUUGCUCGGCGCCUCUAUAUUUUACUACAUCGAAGGCGAGAAAGAGAUGGACAAGAUUGCCAAGGCUAAAGAAGAACGCAUUGAGAUUAAUCAAUUACUUCACGAUCAUUACGGGCCCAGUAUUGGUCAUACCCAGAAAGAGAUACUCGAUAAGCUCAGCGAAUACUGUGGCAAGUCAGUACACAAUUAUACGGAGGGCGAAGUUGAUCCUCAUCAAUGGGAUUUCUACAAUAGUUUCUACUUCGCUUAUACGGUCGUCAGCACCAUCGGAUAUGGGAAUCUAGCACCCACAAAUACGCUUAGCCGCAUCCUGAUGAUCUUCUACGGCCUAGUGGGCAUCCCAAUGAACGGGAUUCUGUUAACGCAGUUGGGUGAGUUUUUCAGCCACGUGUUUAUCAAGGCUCAUCAAAAGUACAAAUCCUACAAGAACGGCCAGUCAUCGUCUGAUUACGCCUCUAAGAAAUCAACACCGUUUGAGACGCGCAAGGUGGGCCUGGCCGCGCAGAUUCUCAUGUACCUGACACCCGGCUUCGUCAUGUUCAUCUUCUUCCCGGCGUUCUUAUUCUCACAUUACGAGGGCUGGUCCUACGAUCAGUCGGUUUAUUACGCCUUCGUCACGCUCACGACCAUCGGUUUUGGCGAUCUCGUGGCGGGUCAGGAUGAUACAAAGGGGAGCGGCCCAUUCUUCAUUAUGUACAAGAUAUUCUUAAUUUUCUGGAUCUCCUUCGGACUGGGCUACAUCGUCAUGAUCAUGACGUUCAUCGCUCGCGGUAUGCGUAGCAAAAAAAUCACGAGACUCGAACAUAAACUAGCGAUGAAUCUCAAGCACACGCAGAGCAAGAUUUGGAACGAGUUUAACAAAGAGGUCAACUACCUGCGCCGCGUUUUUAACGAGUUACAGCUCUCUAAGGUCAAAAGAGUAUACGUUGAUGAGUACGAUUAUGAAGUACCUCCGACGAAAUUCUCACGUAGCAAUAGUUUCCCGGAUCUUCGAAAGUUGACAAUUGGUGGAUAUGUGGAUAAUUCUAUACCACAUCCGCGACGACGAGCUAACAGCGAAGUGGUGCCGAUUCAACUGACACGUGUGGUAUCCGAGACAGAUCUUCAAAGAAUAGACAAGACCGCAACGUUUGCCACACAUGCUAUAGUGCAACCGGCAGAAUUAUUAGCACGUUUAGUAAAUAUCCUCGGUUACAUCCCUCCACGGGAUGAUUUCGAUUGGGAUGAUACUGAGGAUCAAUUGAAACAGGUCGAUGCGCAGAACGAAAUGCAGCAGAGCAAACCAGUUGAUCAGGGCCUAGCCAACAACGUUACUCAAUGGACAAUCGGUGGUGAGAAGUUUCCGUUUGAGAAGCCUCGAUCUAGGGCGGUCAGCGAAGUGCGACUCUAUACUAAAGACUAUGCGAAAGAUGAUUAUGUUAACCAGAAUACCGAAUGGACUUGGUCCGGUCCAGUAGCCUCGACAAAACUGCAAGAGCUGAUGAAGACUCGCAACACCAUUAGCUCGCUAUCCUCGAACAAUAGUAACAAACCAUACAAGAAGUUUCCUUCACUCGCUUUGCCGAUUACCGCGCCCAAAAACUUCUUCCCCAGAUGGAAAAAACGCUUUAUGAAUAAAAAAUCAUCGGAUGUCGAUCCUAAUGUAGAAAAGGUCAUUGAUACAAUGGACGACAGUAAUCGGGAGAAUAAUUCGAUUGGUCCGAUAGAUCCAUUACCUUCAUACUUAGAUGAGAGGUAUGAUUCGAUAUCGAAAACGCCGAAUUACUAUACACAUACUGGCUGUAACCUGCCAAGUUAUUUAGAAAACAACAAUUUGUUAGAAGAAACGAGUUUGGCAGAUUUUCUUAGAGCGUUGACCGCUCUUCAUCCAAGAGUAGGAACGGUCCCUGACGAAUGCGUUGCCAAGCCUAAAAGAAAAUUAGGAACGGCUUGUCUGAGCCCGCCAAAGCUACCCAGUUUGUUCACCCUGUUUUCACCGAACACGCUCGGUUCAGAUUCGGCAACUCACAGCAAUCAGAAUACUGUCUCAGAUGUGACCUCGCAUCAAUCGAGCAGAAGAAUGUCUCUUAAAAUGGCUGAGAAUGGUUAUUCCGGCUCCACCACACCUACAUCUUAUAUGAGAAAGGAAAGCAGUGCUGUGAAGCCUAGAAGAUUCUCUUUGAGACCGGUAAAGACUCCAGUAAAUUCUCUCACGCCACCUGAUUAUGCAUCACCACGAUCAUCAUUACGACUUUCUCAGAAAAUGGCUGAUCAAAACCAAGGACCUUAUAUUUCGCCGGAAUCGUUCAUUUCCGUAUCACCAAAGGAACCGCUUGUCAACAUGGAGAGACCACCAGGAAUUUCGUCACCGAUUCAGCAACCGUUUAAUACUCGACGUUUCUCCAUAAGAUCUACUCAACUCAGCCCGCAACCGAGUGCGAACACAUCAUUAAACACGUCAUUACACACACCAAAACCAUUACCAAGGUGGAAAGCGGGUAUGCUCCAGCGGCAAAUUACUCAAAUGAAUUUACGUCGUCGCGUUAGGGCAUUUAGUCUUAGCGAUGUUUAUUCCGAUGUACGUGAAAAAAGCACUAAUCCAAUUAGCCCCCUCGCCAUGGACACCACCAACAAAUUUGUGGAUGUUAGCAAAUUGAGCAACCCGAAUCAGAAGACAGUGACAAUCAUGUCACCGGCAGAAGAGAUGAAUAUGACUUUGAAAAAUGAAUUUCAGAAUUCUAUGGUAGCUCCCGACAAUUUGAAAGAACAAAUUUCAUCGUGGAGGAAUCAGGAAGACGUAACUCCGAUUAAAUCUUUGUCUAGGAUUUCCGAUGAGUCAUCCGUGGAGUUGAAUGAAUCCAUUUCAAAUAUACUUGAAGAUGGGAGAUAUCCUCAAGGAAACAAUGAUUUUAUAUCAGUUUAUGAACCGGUUUACAAAUUAAGAUCCUCUGAUGAGAAAUUGAUAAAUGACACAUUGACUAAGACAGUUCAAAGGGAAGUGCAGGAGACGAAUAUGGAUGACAAGGACGCUUCACUUAAAAUGGAGAAACAGAAUGAUAUUCAUAUGUGUAUAAUUGAUAAUUUAGAUGGACCUCAAGAACCGAAGUUUUCGACGAGUAGCAAAAAUUUUUCAGAGUCGAGAAAGGAGAAACCUAGUGUGCCGAUAGAUUUUUACAAACCAGUGUUACAAGCAACGAUAGAAAAGCCAGCGAUUAAUCCUUUCGAGCAAUACAGAGUUAUGACAAAAUCUGAUCAAACGAAAGACGCAGAAUUGACCGAAAUCAAAAUUGAAAAACCUCAUGAAAAAUGAAGAAAAAAAUGAUCGGUCUAUGUGAAGAAACUAAGAAUUAAAAAUAGAAAAGUUUGGAAUUAAUUUUUGUUGUCGAAACUAUUAAGGCAUUAAUACAUUAAUCUAAGAUAGAAGCAAUAUUUAUAGAUAUAUUUUAUAGAUAUAUAUUUUUAUUAAAAAAAAUAGACUCCAUAUUAUAUGUGUAAGAAAUGAUAUUAAUGAUAUAUAUUUUGUUAGUUUUUGAGAACGUACUAAUAUAGCACUUCAUAAAUUUGUGUUUCACUUUGAAAGGCUGCAUUUAAUAUAUGAAUAAGGGAAAAUUGUGCAAGUAGAAGAAAUAUAAUUUUAUACAUUGACGCAACGAUUAUCUAAUGGGCAACUUUUAGAAAAGUUGCAAUUUUACAAUAAGUUGACCAAUUUUGCAGAAGAUUAACUUUAUCAUAUAUGUUAUAUAAGAUAUCUAAUUCUCCAAAUUAAUUAAAUUUGUUAGAAAAAUUUUUUUAGAGAAAUGAAGAUAUAUACAUUAGAAAUAAUUAUUAAAAUAUUAGAAAUAAUUAAUAAUGAUAAUUAUUAGAAGUAAAUUAAUUUAUUUUAUGUAAAUGAUUAAGUUUUAAUUUUUUUAAAUAUCGAAGACUCUGUGAUAUAAGGAAUAUGGCAUGUUGUCAAUAUUUACUGUGAAUUAAUAGUAAAAUAAGAUUACUUAGAAAAAAAUUGAUACCAAAUAAAUUAUUUUGUCGGUAGAGA